AGGGCGAUUAUUUGUACACAAACAAAGAUGAUGAUGUUGCACGCAUUGUUUUUAUCCGAAAUAUCAUAGGGCACGUGAGAUUUUUCGUCCGACGACGCCUCCGUAAUGAAGAUAAACGUCCAUAGCACACAACCUGUUGCAAAUUUGGCACAUUUUUGUAAGAUUUUAGGUGCUGAGCACUACCCUGUGAAAAGUCUUUGUUGAUUUUCCACCUUUUUAACUGCAGCUGGACCGAGGAUUUAAUUUAUUUCUAAAAAAAUGGAGGCAGCGGCGACAGAAGUUGCUGGGGAGCUGGGGGCCCUUCUGCGGUUUUCCUACGGCAUCGGACACGUCCUGAACGACAUCUGCGCCUCCAUGUGGUUCACCUACCUGCUCGUCUUUUUCCACCUGGUGCUCAAAUUCGACGCCACCAACGCUGGGCUGCUGAUGUUGGUGGGUCAGGUGGCUGACGCCCUGGCCACCCCUUUCGUUGGCAUUGAGGUCGACCGUGGGGCCACAGGAUGCUCCUGGAACUGUCUGGCCAGGCUUGGCUUCGGCCACCGCAAGACUUGGCAUUUAGUUGGAACUCUGUGCGUCUUGGCCAGUUUCCCUUUCAUCUUUUUCCCGUGCAUCGGAUGCGAAAGCAGCGACGAGUGGGCCCAGCUGAUUUACUACUCUGCCUUCAUCGUCAUUUUUCAAUUCGGAUGGGCCUCGGUGCAAAUUUCUCACCUCUCCCUCAUCCCUCACUUAAGCCCACAUGAGCAUCAACGCACAAAACUUAUUGCAAUUAGAUACACUUUUACUGUGAUAUCAAAUAUUUUGGUGUAUGUGAUAACUUGGACCAUCUUGCACAUGACGAGUGAUAUAACUGAUGACCAAAUAGGCCCGCAAGACAUGUUUAAAUUCCAACACAUUGUUUUAAUUGGACUUGCGAUUGGAAUUUUCUGCUCAAUAUUCUUCCACUGUGGCACUCCAGAACCACCUCCGACCAGAUCGAUGUCCAUCGACUCAUCACAAGAAAUAAUAGAGCCCAACCUUCCGGCCAGAAGAAAGAUGUCCCCAAAGAAAUUUAUGAAAGUCCCCCAAUUCUAUCAAGUUGCCCUUCUCUACAUGUGCACCCGCCUGUUUGUGAAUCUCAGUCAGGUAUACAUGCCUCUGUACCUCCACGACUCACUAAAAGUUAACGCGGAGGCUCUGGCAACUGUUCCACUUGCCAUGUUCCUCUCCAGCUUUGCUUUUUCUUUUCUGGUCGGACACGUCAACAAAUUUUGUGGAAGAAAGAUUUCAUAUCUAUUUGGAGCACUGCUUGGAGGAGGAGCUUGUGCGUGGGUUUAUUUUGGCACCGGGGAUUUCUACUCGAAGUACGAAAUCUACGGAGUUGCUUCCCUCUUUGGUGCUGGCAGCUCAGUACUUUUGGUGACCAGUUUAGGCAUCACCGCUGACUUUAUAGGUUCCGAUUCCGAAAGCGGUGCUUUUGUCUACGGGUCAAUGAGUUUUGCAGACAAACUGUCCAAUGGUCUUGCGGUGACUGCCAUUCAAAGCUUCAAAUGCCUAACUGAAUGCCCUCAUUACUAUCGAAACAUGCUAAGCUUUGUCUGCGGAGGUGCCGCUUUGCUGGGUUUCCUUGCCACUGUGACGUUAAUACCUCGAAAAUCGCACAAUGAAGAUGCCACACAGUACAACAGACUGGAGAACGAAGUCCAUGAGGCUGAUAAUAGUGAAAAUCACUCUGUGCAGGAGCAUUAGUAAUUAGAGUAUUUAUUUUGUUGACAAUUUAAACAAACGAAUAAAGUUAUAUUGCAAGAUAUUUAUUUAAAUAUUAUGUU